AUGAAAAAUCAAAUUAAAAAUAAAAAAGACCAAGUUCCUGUGAAUACUGAAAGUAAUUCUAUGAUUUUUAAUGAAAAUCGAUUAUUAAACUCUAAUUCUAAUGAAUUUACAUUAAAUAAUGAAGAGGAAAAAAAUAAAAUAGUAAAUAUUUAUUUGAACAUGAUUGAACAUAUAAGAAUUGAUAAAGAAAAUAAAUGCCUAUAUAUAGAUGAUGUAAAUAUUACAGAAAAUGAAUUAAAGGAACUUGUCAUUUCAAAAAAAAAAAUAAAUGAAAAAAAAAAGGAAAAAGAAUUAAAAAGUAAGAGAACUUUUAAUGAUAUAUCAACCUACACUAAUGAAAAUCAUAUAAAAGACAAAACGAGUAAAAAGAAUGUUAUUUAUUCCUCAAAACAGUUUUCUGAAAAUAAUAAUUAUAAUUACAUGAACAGCGAAUGUGAAGUUAACAAAAAAAGAAACAUCAUUGACAAUAAAAAACAAGGAAAUAAUGAAGAAUGUAAAGAUAUGCAAAUGGGUAACGAAUAUAAAGAAGAUAAUUUUUCAAAUAUUGAAAAUCCUCAAGGAGAUGUUACUAAUAAUCAUUGUAGUAAUUUGAAAGAGGGAUUGGAAUGUGAUAAUGACGUAAAAAAUGAAGUAAAAACAAAUGAUGAUUAUAAUAUAAAUGAUAAAAUACAAAAUAGCAACAAUUUAAGCUUUAAUAAAGGUGUUCAUUCUUCUGUUGAAAAUAAUAAAAUGAUUUCUUCAGUAGCUUGUCUUAAUUACUUAAUAGAACACAGAAUAAAUAAAGAAAUAGAUAUACCACAAAGUAAUACUAUAAAUGCUUUAUUUAUGGAUUUUUAUCAUUUAAUAAUGGCAUAUACGUAUUUUAGGCAAAAAAAACAUAAAGUUAAAGCAACAUUUGAAAUUUACUUUAGAAAAUGUCCUUUUGAAGGAAAAUUUGCUAUUUUAGCAGGAAUUUAUGAAGUCAUUAAAUAUAUUAAUUUCUUUAGAUUUACUAAAGCGCAUUUAGAAUUUAUAAAAAAAAAAAUGCACAAUUAUAAAGAUGUAGAUUUAUUUAUAGAGUAUUUAUCAGGUGUAAGUGGUAGAGAUGUUUCUAUAUAUUGUAUGGAAGAAGGAUCUAUAGUUUUUGCAAAUGAGCCAAUAAUGAUAGUUGAAGGUCAUUUAUUAACAUGUCAGCUAUUAGAAAGUGCAAUUAUUAAUUUAUUAAAUUAUCCUAUAUUAAUAGCAACAAAUAGUUUAAAACAUAAAAUUUCCAUAAAUUAUAAAACUCUCGCAGAAUUUGGUUGUAGAAGAGCACAAGGUCCAGAUGGCGCAUUAAGUGGUUCAAAAUACUCAGCAUUUGGAUGUGAUUUUACUUCAAAUGUUUAUGCAUCUUAUUUGUAUGACAUUCCUUUAUUAGGCACUAUGUCUCACUCAUUUAUAUUAGCAUUUCAAAAUGACGAAGUUUUAAAUAGUAAAUACUUAGGAAAUCACGAUUUUUUAACUAUUGUAAAUAAAAAUAAAGAUAUAGUUCAUAAACUAUAUAAUUGUGAGUACACAAAAGAAAAUGAAUUAACUGCGUUUGUUGCAUUUGCUCAGGUUAACCCUAAUAACUUUAUUUGCUUAAUAGAUACCUAUGAUUCUUUAAGAUCAGGGAUUUUCAAUUUUUUAAUUGUAGCCUUAUCACUUCAUGAAAUAAAAUAUAAACCUAUUGGUAUAAGAAUUGAUUCUGGUGAUUUAAGAUAUAUAUCAAAUGAAUGUAAAAAGAUAUUUAAUGAUAUUUCUAAAAAAUUAAAUGUACCUUUUUAUGAUUUAAAAAUUUGUGUUAGUAAUGACAUUAAUGAGAAAUUUAUAAAAUUUUUAAAUGAGCAAGAGCAUCAUAUAGAUAUUUUUGCUAUUGGUACAAAUUUAAUUACCUGUCAAUCCCAACCUUCUUUGGGUCUUAUAUAUAAACUCGUAGAAAUUAAUAAUGAACCAUGUUUUAAAAUGACAAAUGAAAAUAAAAAAUCAAAUUUACCUUAUAAAAAAAAUGUAUAUAGAUUAUAUACUAAGGACAAAUUUGCUUCUGUUGAUUAUGUUCAGUUGUUUGACGAAGAACCACCUCUUAAAAACGAAAAGUUAUUUUGCAUAAAUGUUUUAGACGAAUCUAAGCAGUGUUUUAUUAUACCAACAAAAGUUGAAAAAAAAUUAUUACUUUGUUGGGAUUAUGGAAAGCUUUUAAUAAAAUUUAAAACAUUACAAGAAUUAAAAAAAUAUACUUUAAAUGAAUUAACAAAAUUUAGAAGUGAGCAUUUCUGUUCAACUCUUCCUGUCCCAUAUAAAGUAUCUUUUUCUCAUAAUUAUCAUAAAUUGUAUAAAAAUUUGUUAAUAAAAAAUUCCUUCAUUACUACAAUAACUUAA